AGGGAGAAACUAUAAAUCGGAGUGGAGAAGAAGGCUGGUUAUAAUGGUCUCGAGUUGACAAGAAGUAUUCACACAAACUAGUACCAGUAUGGAAAUUCACAGUUGUUAGGAUAUAAACAACAACAUUCUGUUGUCUGUAUAGCCCGAGGAUCUCACACCGUGUGUUCAGUUUUUACCUUCCCGUUCUCACUGCCGACGUUGUUGAUUUUCUCGUGCCGUCGACAAGCGGAUUACCAGCCCUUUAACGGUGUUGAUAUUACGUUUAGUGUUUUGUUCAUUUAGUUCCCAUCGCAGAUGCCUUGCGUAGAGUGUAUGUUAAAAAUGUCGGGAGAUUUCGUGAGUCCUGAUGGCCUUGUGGAUCUUUUUGGGUCUAGUGAUUCUCCACUUCUCCUUGACUGUCGCUCGCAGGCCGAUUUCACCAGAUCUCACAUCAAAGGGGCCAUAAACAUAACGCUACCAAGCCUUAUGUUACGGCGAUUAAAGAAAGGAAAUCUUAAACUGUCGUGUGUCAUUCAAAAUAACGAAGCAAAGGAUAAAUUCAAUAAGUUAUGGAAAUCCCGAAAUGUUGUCUUAUACGACGACUGUUCCACGGACCCAAACUCAAACCCUUCAAGUAUUGUCGAACUUUUGUUGAGAAAAUUGAAUCAGGAUGGAGCUAAAACCAGUACUCUCACGGGUGGAUUUCCGUCUUUUGAGAACAGAUACAGAGAGCAUUGUGUUGGACAGGAAAAUGUGGAAGAAACUAUUUUUGGAUUGUGCAAUUUAAAAAUUUCUGACGAUUCUGGGAAUGGUACAUCUGAUUCAGACUGUGAUAAUGUCAACUCUCCCACAGCGAUGUCUCCGUUCCCCGUGGAAGUGCUCAAGUACCUCUAUCUCGGCAACGCUCGCACCUCUGCAGACAUUGGCCAGCUGAAAAAGCAUGGAAUCAAAUACAUUCUUAACGUUACUCCAAAUGUCCCUAACAAAUUUGAGGAAGACAACGACUUUAAAUAUAUGCAGAUUCCUGUAGCAGAUCAGUUGUCACAGAACCUUUCCGCCUUUUUCCCAGAAGCCAUAGCAUUCAUUGAUGAGGCCCGUGAGCAGAAGCACGGCGUGUUGGUGCACUGUUUGGCGGGAAUCAGUCGGUCAGUGACUGUUACUGUGGCCUAUUUGAUGCAGAAACAACAUAUGAGUCUUAACGAAGCUUACGACCAUGUCAAAGGAUGCAAACCUAACAUAUCUCCUAAUUUUAACUUUAUGGGACAACUGCUUGACUUUGAAAAAACUUUAACAGGAGUAGACAGUACGAAGGGUUUCUCCUCGACCCUUAAAGACUCUACAAACACACAACUAGUGGUAGAGACGUGAUGUCUCUCGCAACCCACCCAAUAUCUCAGGCCCCUCAGGUGCUAACACCUCGCCCUGUGUAGUUCUGGCUCCGUGAGUUAAUCCUUUGCCUCGUUGGGAGAAUGACACAAACUAAAACUGAUAUUAAUUAAAACCGACCCGACGUGUUGAGGCCACUCGAGCGGACUCACCAAGAAACUAUAACAUUGUGCCAAUAACACUGGUUUCUACCAGUAACCUCGAGGCUACAAAUCAAACCCGCCAACUGUUUCCGGAAACAGAAUCGAGGUAAACCGGAUAUUGGCUUUGAUAAGUGCCUUUUUGUCUUUCAUUGACGCUUUCUCUACAAUGUAAUUUUAGCAUUUGUAUCUCGAUACACGGAGAAUAAAUGUAGUAACUACGGCAGCUAACAGUUUAGCUUUCAAAGCACACUGACCAAAUCGCGUGACGUCAUUACACCACAUCGGACGCUUGACCAAUAUAUGACGGGUAUGAAACUCAUCAACCCACCGCCAUUUGUAUUGUUACAGAUCGACAUCAGUUGAUGUCGAGGUUUGUUAGUUGUUUCAUUCAUCAUUAUUCAUUUAAUCACGGAACAUUUAAACUUACUAAAGUUAUAUUUUUCUCAUAAAUCAUCCCCAUCUCGUCCAUAGUCGUGCUCUAUAUAUUUUUCAUUGUUACAAAAUAUUAAAAAAAUGUUAUCAUGUUUUGUCAUUGUUUCGUUGUGUAAUUGAAAAUGUUUACAAGAGAAGACAAAUAAAUGUCUCGUUUAAUAGUGCUAA